AUGACUGAAUUUGUGCUCCUUGGGAUUUCUAACCAAUCUGAACUACAAGCCUUGUUUUUUACUGUUUUCUUGCUUAUCUUCCUCUUCAUCCUGCUUGGAAAUAUGCUCAUCUGUGUUGUUACUGGGUUACAUCACACUCUGCAAACACCUAUGUAUUUCUUCCUUCAGAAUCUGUCAUUCUUAGAUAUCUGCUUUACAUCAGUAACUAUCCCCCAAAUGCUUAUUAACCUUAUGGCAGAGAAGAAAACUAUUUCCUUUGUUGGCUGUGCUAUGCAGAUGUUCUUCUACCUUUUCCUGGGAGCAGCUGUAUGCUACCUUCUGGCAAUUAUGUCAUAUGACCGUUAUCUGGCAAUCUGUCAUCCUUUGCAUUAUAUGAGGCUCAUGACCAGGAAGGCCAGUUUAUUAUUGGUCUCUGGAUGUUGGGCUAUUGGGUUCAUUGUAUCUCUUGGGCAGACGCUGCUGAUAUUUACUCUCCCCUUUUGUAGUUCUGAAAUAAUCAAUCAUUUUUUCUGUGAUGUCCUCCCACUGUUGAGGCUACACUGUACAAGCCCCUACAUAAAAGAUAUAGAGAGAAUUCUAACUAUCUUCCUGGUCUUUGUCACUCCUUUCUUACUCAUCUUGCUUUCCUACAUUCUAAUCAUUGUUGCUUUCUGGAAUGUUACCACAAUGGAAGGGAGGAAAAAGGCUCUGGGCACAUGUUCCUCUCACCUAGUCUCUGUGAUCCUCUUCUAUAGUACUGCUAUGUUCACAUACUUGAGGCCCAGUUCAAAUUACUCACCUAAUUCUGACAAGCAUCAAUCUCUCAUCUACACAGUUUUUAGCCCCAUGUUCAACCCUAUUAUAUAUAGCUUUCGGAAUAAAGAAGUUAAAGGUGCCUUUAUGAGAAUAUGGGAGAAAAAACCUUUUGAGUGA